GCCAAUCGUCUUCUGUAGGAAUCAGUCGCAGCACGUUAUAUUGUUCUGUAUGUUUUUGAAUUGAAUUUAGUGUCUAUUUCUAAAUAGUAGAUGAUAAAGUGUGUGCACUUUUUUCGUAUGGAGACCUUGUUAUUUUAAAAUCCGAACUGUUGAGAGCUCUAAAUAAAUUUUUCAUUUUCAAGAAUAAAUAAUAUCCGCAGAGAAGUAGUACUAUUUAAACUAUACAUCACACUCAAAUGUACUACACGGUUCAAUAUAAUAUUAUUGUGCGUGUUUUGAAUGUUCGUUGAUUUGCUUAUUUAUGCAUUUUGAGCGGAGAGAACACACAAAUAAUUAUAAAUAUAAUUAAAAGGCAUAUACUUUACGGGUUGGUAAACAAUAGGAGUCUACCUAAAUAAAGGUGUGCGUUUCGAUAAAUUUUUGUAUUGAAAACGAAUUAAAAAUAUUUAUUAAUUCAAAGAAACAGAAAAAUUAAAAAAAAAAAUUGUUUCAUGUUCCACAAUAUAAAACGAGGUGUUUAACCUGAUGUUCAAAAAUUCAUAUAUGUGAAAUCAUGGAACCCAUUUAUAUUCAGCCCUUUCGGUGUUGGUUCGAGUGAAUAUAUUUAAUAAUAUUGUAAUGCUGCAGUGCGUGACACACAGAAAAUAAAUAAAAUCAAGGAAAUUCAACACAGAAUUUGCUAGUUUGUGAAUUUGGAUAAUAAAAUAGGAAAUACCGCGGUACCUAUAAUUUUGUAGAUCUCCCCAGAAGCUCUCAGUGAACUGAAUAUCGAUUGAAACCUAAAUCCCAAGACUUAUAGUUCUUAUUAGCCGUGUGAAACGUUGGAAUUUGAAAAUUUUUCUAAUAGAUUAGUCUACGAGGUGAAUUAAUUGAACAAAAUGGUGGAUUACUACAAAAUAUUGGACGUCUCAAAGAGUGCAACAGAAACAGAAAUUAAGAAAGCAUACAAAAAAUUGGCAUUGAAAUGGCAUCCUGACAAGAAUCCUGAUAAUCUUGAUGAGGCAAACAAACGAUUCAGAGAAAUCAGCGAGGCCUAUGAAGUGCUCUCAGAUGAACGAAAACGUCGCGUUUACGAUCAGUAUGGAAAAGACGGUUUACUCGGCCAAAAUGAACGUCAUCAUCGAACCAGACGACACGAUUACGAUGACUUAGAUUUUGGCUUUGUGUUCCGGUCACCGGACGAAGUAUUCCGAGAAUUUUUCGGCAACAGUCAUUUUGAUCUCUUCUUUGGACCAUCAUCCGACAUAUUGUCGUCGAAUGGCAGACGCGGUGGCGGUCACAGACAUUCACAUCCACAAAAUACGACCGUUUUGAGUCCAUUUAUGCUGAUGGACGAUUUCUUCCAAAACGGUUCGGGUAAUGGAUUCUCAUCGUUUUCCACAUUUACCAAUGGCGGUUUCGGCGGCGGUGGUGGUGGUGGCGGCGCCACGAAACGAACGUCAACAUCGACAACAUUUUUCAAUGGCAAAAAAAUUAUGACAAAAAGAAUCUACGAAAACGGUAAAGAAACUGUCAUGUCAUACGAAAAUGAUGUACUAAAAUCAAAGACUGUAAAUGGAGUAGCCCAAGCUUUAUCCUAUAAUUAGAAAAUAAAAAUUGAUUUAGUCGUAGCAAAAUGAAAAACAAAACAACAACAAGAACACACAAAACAUUUUAAAGCUAAGUGAAAACAAAAAUGAAAAAGAAAAUAAUUUCAUCAAAAUUAUUGAUUUUUUUGGUCAAAAAAAAGAAAAAUUUAAUCAAAAAAUUUAAGGAAAUUUAAAUUAAAAACAAAAAUUGAAGAAGAAAAAAAAAGAAGAAAAAUAUUUGUGUGCAUGAAUUAGGAUGAUUUUUUUUUGUGUGUGGCACCAUUUUUGUAAGAAAAGAUGUAGAAAAUUCCAAAUUCUUAAAACAAUUUCAAUCUCACUGUAUCAAGCUAAACUUUUUGUUUUGUUCCAAACACACACUUUUGUGGAACACAAUUUUCUUCUGGCUUUUGAGAAUACAAGAAUAUUUAAAUAAAAGGAAAUGUUAACUUUUGACGACGAUUUAUUGAGUCGAACUUAAUUAAUUGAGAAUCGCAGGAAGGAAAAGGAAGUGUUAUAAUGAUUGUUUGAAUAAAGAUAAAGAGAAAUUGAUUACCAAA